AUUUUAAUAAAAACAUGUCAAAAAAAAAAUGUAACGUCUCCACUCUUAAUAAAAAAUUAGAAUAAGAUACUGCCAACAGCACCAUGGAAUUUUUAAGAUCGCUGAUGUUUUCCAGACAAAAUGACACGCAGGAAAGUGAGAAUCAAGUGCAACAUUCGGAAGAUGACGAAACGAUGUUUGUUCGGAGGUACAGGGCAAAAUUGGCUACUUUAUUAAAGGAGGAACAACUAACGGAAUAUGAUCUGAGUAAUUCUGGAAAAACCAACGUCUCAAUUAACACUUCUUCUACCUCGCUUUGCAAUAAUCUUCAGGAAGAAACGCAGCAACAGAUCGAAUACUUCUUGCAUCAAUCAGUAACAAAUCUCAAAGAAAAACCACCGAAUCCAAAAGGAGAUCUCGUAUUUGGAGGUAUAAAAGCCAUGUCCAAAUACUUAAACAAUUUAUGUAACUGCGAUGUGUGUCGACCGAAAUCCAAAGGACUGAUGCACGACCUUUUGAUCAGCGCCGGCGACGACGACAAUUCUACCGACGACGACGAUACAAUACACUUUUGCAAUGCACGUCAAAAAAUCGUAACCGAUCCUGUUACUGCGGGAGCUGCGAAACAAUGGUUUGAUAUCCAAAGGCCGAAACUCCAUCUCCAACCGUUGGUGAUGAGGAACUACGAGACGAAAUUAAAAAAAAAAUCGGACAAGAACCAAGAUACUGACAUUGGUAGAUCGCGAGGGAAGAUAAAAGUAUUUCCCAGGAAAGGCGCACGAAAACAAAAGGUUGCUGAUACCGUUACGAAAUUGACCGCUAAAAAUGUAAACGAGUGUCAAAGCGAACUCGUUCAAAUACACGAAUUAGAUAUCAAGAUGAGCACCCUCCAAUUCAAAGGUGAAUCGCCCUACAAAUUACCUCCCCCGACUGUUCCAGAAGACGACUAUCUCUACAUCAAAUUCAACAAAGACUUCAACUUGGAAGGAUGCGAAGAGGGAAAACCAGUUGGACUAGCACUUUUUGGAGCUGGAAGAGCCGGUACAAUCCAUUUGCGUACGAUAGCGAAAAACGUACGAGUUAAAUUACAUUACAUAGUUGAGGACGUUCAAGAGAAAUGGGACAAACUGAAAAGAUAUUGGGAUCUACCGGACACGGUUUUUUUGACUAGCGUCGAAGCUGACAAGGUUUACAAAGACCUACGGGUUGAUGCUGUAGUAAUCGCUACACCGACCAAAUACCACGAAGGAAUUGUCUUAAAGGCACUGGAGCAUGGUAAAGCUGUAUUUUGUGAAAAACCUAUCGGCCUCACAGCCGAAGGAACAAAAAAGUGCUACGAAAAAGCCAAAAAAGUGGGAAAACCCCUGUUUGCCGCCUUCAAUAAGCGAUACGAUACGGCUUACGCAGCUGUAAAAAGGAGGGUUGAGCAGGGUGAAGUAGGACAUCUUAGGAUGUUUAAAGCUUCGGUUAAAGACAGCCAACUGGCACCCGUAUCGUACUUGAAAGGUUCAGGCGGAUUUUUCGUCGACAGUGUCAUUCACGAAUUGGACCUGAUGGUCUGGUUUGUGGGAGAAUAUCCGACAACUGUAUCGGCAAUAGGAAAAUCAAAUAUACCGGAAAUUGAAGAAAUUGGCGAUUACGACACCGUUGUCGCCACGUUCGGUUUCCCGAGCGGAGCUAUUGGAAUAAUCGACAAUUGCAGACAUUCUACUUUUGGAUACGAUCAAAGAAUAGAAGUAUUUGGAUCUAAAGGAAUGAUUAAGGUGGAUAAUGAACAUCCUUGCCAUUCUAUUGAGACCCUUGCCGGUUUGGAUGCAACAAAAAGAUCGCCGAUAUGGUACACAUUCCCGUCUAGAUACAGAAACGCGUAUAACAAUGAAAUGGAACAUUUCUUAAGCAUCUGUCAAGGUAUUGAUAAGGUGUUGAUUAGCGAAAGUGACGUGCUAGCAACCAGCAGGAUCGCCGGCGCCUGCACUGAAUCCGCAAGGACGGGAAAAAUUGUAACGUUGAAAUGGUAAAUGAAGAAAUUAGACAUAAGACGUUACAUUAUAAAAACAAAAAAAAAACACGAAAAGCAUUUAACACAAAUAGUUAUAAUAAAAUCGUUUCGAAUUAA